UACACCUCAGUCUUGAUCUCAUCACAACAGGAAACAUCGGAAAAAACCUCACUCGGACCAUUAUACCCCGCAGUCCGAAACAGCUCAGCUCCCCGCACUACGAGCAACACCGCCAGCUCUCAAAUUGUCAAGCAUAUCAAAAACAGACAUUGGUGUCAUUUUGCAACUCGCAGUACGUGAAAUAUCACGCACGACACAAUGCCACCCUCCCGCAUCCUCGACUCCCAUAUCCACCUUUGGCCCUCAACGGCCACAACCUCCAAAGACCAUGGAUGGAUGGCAGACCCAGCCCAUCCCCUCGUCAAGCGCCACGGAAUAUCAGACUAUAAAGCUGUCACUCAGCUCUCUUCUGUCGGUUCUGUGCUGGGGGGCUUCAUUUACGUAGAAACAGAUCGGUAUCUCCCUUCCAAAACACCGGACAUCAGCCUACGUGCAGGUAAAGAGGAGGUUGAGAGAGUACUGAGGGAGUGGGCGAGAGCUCCUCUUGAGGAGCUGGAGUUUCUGAGGCGACUUGUAGAGGACAAGCCGCAGGAGGGUGAUGGAUUUGAGAAUGGCGACGGAGAGUUGAUGAAGGGUGCUGUUGUGUGGGCGCCUUUCCACCUCUCUCGGGAUAAUUUCAAUGCGUAUCUUGCCAUUGCUCAAGCUGUCGCCGGCCCGCAAUUGUGGGAUAAGGUGGUAGGAUUCAGGUACCUGUUGCAAGGCAAAGAGGAGGGCGAGGUCAAGAACCUUGUUGGAAACGAGGCAUGGAUUGAGAAUAUCGUCAGCUUGGGUAAGGGGAGAGGAGGGAAGGGAUGGGUGUUUGACGUUGGUGUGGAUAUUCAUCGCGAUGGGACGGAGCCGUUGGGUGAGGUCGGCGAGUUGAUUCGAAGAGUGAGGGAGCGAGAAGCGCACAUAGGGAACGGGGGUCGGCCUGUGCGAUUUGUCUUGAAUCACCUCUGUAAACACGCUCUCACAACUAACUCACCUACGGAACCCGCAGAAGCAUGGCUCGAAGCGCUCUCGAAAGCUGGACCUGACAACAAUGUCUUCAUGAAACUGUCAGGCGUUUUCAACGAGUUUGACGCUGCUACACCAUCGUCUGCCUCGGAUAUUGUUAAAUCGCUGAGCUCCAUUACAUCAAAGGUGUUCGACACUUUCGGCGAUAAAGUCAUGUUUGGUUCCGACUGGCCAGUGUGCAAUGUCGGAGGUCCAGUAGGCGAGAAAGAGAACUGGGGAUUGUGGGUUGAGAGCGUCCAGUUACUGCUGCAAGAAGCCAAGAUUGCGGGUGUCACCAGCGAAUCAGUCUGGUGGAAGGCCGGGGUCAGGGCGUAUGAUGUUAAGUUUUAGGGGUUCAAAAUCGAAAACAGGACUUGACAACCAUGUUUGAUACUGCAGUACAGGUGAAAAGUGUGGAGCUGCAUAGCAGUAGGUCCUUUGAGUAAGUUACACCAUGCACAGCUGCAUUGCUGAGCUUUUUCAUUUGAUAGUUGAUCUGACUUUAUUCGCUUAUUGCCUUUACUCGUCGGAUAGUCAACACACAUACCGUACUCACUGUAAAUUAACAAACAACCCACCGUCAACUAGCAACUGAGCGCCGGUGAUGUAACUGCUUA